AUGAUAUUUAUUUUGGUGCUGAUCUUGCCCCAUUUCAUUUUUGGUGUUCGUGAAUUCAAUGAGAGGGAUGCGAGAUUCAUAGCAGUUACCCUAAUUGAAAAUUCGAGGUUCACUUUUAUUCCGACGAAAGAGGAGUUUGCGCAAGUCUACGCGUUUCCUUAUUUGAAAAUUGAGGGGAAUUCAACAAGAUCUGUGGAUCAGGAGACGUUCUAUAAUGAGACUUCAGCGAUUGUCGAGAUCAUUUUGAAGUUCCUGAAGCCAUUGGAACUAGAGGUUGAUAAGACCAGAACGCUUAUAGCGCGACAUUUUGAGACGCGGAAGGCUUACGCGAACGCGGAAAAUGAUCAGCGGGCACACAUCAAUGAGCUUUAUAAUGAUCGCAUGGGAAAGGUGGAGGAUUUUAGAUUUACGGAUGGUUGGGACUUUGAGUUUAGCUACUCAAAAACUGAGAGGAAUGUUUCGAGCUAUUUGGUUUAUGGGGUUGCUCAUUUUAAUGGGAGUUUUUAUUUGAAGUCGCAGACUUAUAAGACGAGUGUUGAAUAA